UUGCAGUCCGAGCCAGCUGCCGAGCGAGACGCGGCGAUUCUCGGUGCGCCAAAUUAUUCCGCUAUCGAAGAUUUGCCAAUCUGUAAAAGCAACUCCCGAAUAUGUAAAUUUAUUGCCUGUAGUGCACAUAAUUUCAAGAAUGAUGAAUCAAUAUCGAAUCUGAAUUUAGCCGCCCAGAUUCUGGCCGAUACGAAACUGCGCAAGGCAAUUACCAGUGAUCCGAGUACGCUUCUAUCAGUUUGCCAUGAUCAAGGUCUUUCGGUAACACAGUGCAAACUUUUCGCGAAUGCAUUUCAACUACUGGACAGGUUCAUUUCAACCAUCGAACCAGUGAGUCGAGUGGCGAAGAAGCUGCACCGCUACAUCAUCAAGGAUGACCCGUACUACGAUGACUCAGAUGCACCUCCCAUACCGAUAAGGCCAGGAAGCUACCAGCAGCAGCACACAGGCUCCCAGACCUGGUCCAUCCACGCAAACGGCAGCAGUGAUGCAGAGCGGGAGACGCUAACACUAAGAGAGAUGGGCAAAGCGAACGCCUCUCCUCCAGUGCACUCAGAGCCUGUAAUUCCCGAGGAUGCGAAUAAUUUAUCAAACUUAUCAGCUCCGAAUACAACUAUUCUGAAAUUAAUGACAGUCAGUCCACCAAAUUUGUUCACUCUUCCACCGCUAAUGCUCACUUUUCCCACAUUUGCACCGUUGAUGUUUGCGGUAACGCCAGUAGCAGAAGCAGCAGCAGCAACAGCAACGACAACAACACUGAACCUCAUGCCAAAAGAAAUACAGAAUUUUUUGUUUCCUCAUCUUGAGAACAAGAUACUGCUACCAAACAUGAAUCCCAUACCGGCCCCGGCAAUAGUAGUAGGCGGGAGACAGCAGGAUUCGUCAGAUAUCCAGAAAUCCGCGCGUAGGCGAAGAUCCUCGGAUUACUAUGACAAUAUUGAGAACGAGGAUGAGGAGGGUACCAAUACGGGUAUUUCAGAUCGCAGAUCAGCAGCCCCUGAAGAUGAUCAACCGACUACCAAUGCUAAGAAACCGAACACAGGACGAAGAGGUUUACUGGACUGCAUAAGGUUCCUCGAAGAAUAG